CAACAACUUGUUGAAUUUCAUUCCCAAGGGUCAGGGGUAUACACUGACAGUGGACGGAGUUCUCGCUUUGAAACUAAGGUCUAUCAGGCAGAAUAUCAACACAUCUCUCGUCCACCGCAUUGCCAUCAGAGUCUGACUCGGAUUUCCAGACAGCGAAGUUGACCACACAUACCGGAACUUCUCGCUCAGAUGACCGUGACUAAGAUCACACUGUUUGACAUACCAACGACGCUACCUGUUCCUACGUCGCCAAAUACCUGGAAAGUGAGGAUUGCACUGAAUUUCAAGGGACUACAUUACACCACUCGAUGGGUCGAGACGGCUGACAUCGAGACCGUCUGCCGCCAGCUCGGUAUACCACCGACCAGCACGUCCCCGUCUGGCGCACCCAAGUAUACCCUCCCCGCCCUCAUAGACGAGACCCGCUCCACCGUCAAGCUAUCCGACUCAACCCCCAUCAUUGCAUAUCUCGAAAGCACCUACCCAGACCCAGACCCACGCAGGGCCCUCUACCCCGCGGACACGCGUGCUCUACAAGCCCUCUUCGAGGCGCACGUCGCGCAGCGCAUCACGGCACGCCUCAUACCCGUCAUGGUCAUGCACAUGUACGACAAGAAGACACCCCGCGACCGCGUCGACUUCCGUAGACGCAUGGAAGCCGCGUUCGGGAAGCCGCUCGAGGACAUCGAACUCAAAGGGAAUGCCAGAGAAGAGGCAUGGCGCGAGCUCGAGGGAGCGUUCGACGAGCUGGCCGUGUACAAGGAGAAGAGCGGUGGUGUGUACUUCACGGGCGGUCAAUUCUCGGUGGCGGAUCUGACACUCGUGGGCAUUAUCCUGGCCAUGCGGUACGAUAGCCCAGAUGAGGCGUGGCCGAAGUUGCAAGAGUGGAACAAGGGAGAGUGGAAGCGGUACAUGGACGCGUUCGAGGAGUAUCUCCUUGUGAGAUGAGCGCACGGUGAGCAUACGGUGAGCUAUGGUGCCCCCGUUUGGUACAACGAUCGCGUAACCACCCCCUGUUGAUUGAUGCAUACAAUAGGACUCGGAGCUCCGUUAUCUCUUCCCGAACGACAUUCACGUUCAUGUCUCUGUGUGAAGGUGUGCUCUACCGACCAAUAUAGUUGCUUGUGGUCUGGACUCCAGACGACAGUCAUCGUUAUAGCACUGAACAAGAACGGUUCACGAACAG